AUCUACCGUGUUGCGGCCCUCCCUUUCUGUUUUGCACUAUGGCAGUUCUUAAAGUGAAAUUCACGAAGACGAGAAGGGGAAAAUUAGCUCAAGUCCUGUGGAUACUUAAUUGGAUCUCUGUGGUUACCGGACUCAUCAUCUUCGGCCUUGGUCUCUUUCUAAAAAUUGAAAUCAAGAAACGCAGCGAGUUGAUGAUAAGUGGGGACAUACACUCGGUCCCUAACAUGCUCAUUGCUGUAGGCAUCAUUGCUUGUAUAAUAAACUUCUUUGGAGGAAAGAUCUGCUAUGAUAGUUUGGAUGUCAACAAGUUCUCCAGAUGGAAACUCUUCAUGUUGCCGUACAUCAUCUGCACCUUCUUCUUUACAUUCUGCGUCUUUGCAGGAGCCAUCAUGUGCUAUACUAUGAGAAAUGAGCUGGAGUCUGCUCUAUACCGUGGACUCAAAGAUGCCUUGAAGUAUUAUAAGGACACAGACAUCCCUGGACGCUGUUUCUUAAAAUCUACAAUAGACCUUCUCCAGAUCGAGUACCAGUGUUGUGGCAACAAUGGCUUCAGGGACUGGUUUGAGAUUCAGUGGAUAUCUAUACGUUAUCUGGACAUGAGUUCCAAGGAGAUCACAGACCGUUUCAAGAGCAACGUGGAUGGAAAAUACUUAUUAGAUGGGGUUCCGUUCAGCUGCUGUAACCCAAACUCUCCCCGUCCUUGCAUACAGUUUCAGAUCACUAAUAACUCUGCUCAUUAUAACUAUGACUACCUGACAGAAGAGCUGAACAUCUGGCUGCGAGGCUGCAGGCAGGCUCUGCUGGAAUACUUUGACAACCUCAUGCAGUCUAUCGGCCUGACGGUCCUUCUUAUUUGGCUCUUUGAGCUCUCAGUGCUGACUGGCGUACGUUACCUUCAGACUGCAAUGGAAAACGUCUUGAUGUUGGGAGACCCAGAGAGUGAAUCGCACGGAUGGUUGCUGCAAAACAGCUGCAUGGAAACUGCUAAACACAAUAUCCAAAUAAUCAAGAAUCUCGGCAAAGCAAAUCAGAUUUCCACACUUACUGGGAUAUCGGACCCAAAUGUGGACAUCCCAAGAGCAGAUUAUGGCCCAGACAAUGUUCCACCAAACUCCAUACCAACUGAUAGCUGAUUGCAACACUAGUGGUGCUGGUGAAAACCAAUAUAAAAGACACCAAGAUUGCACUCUGAUGGACCCGUUUUGAAGUUUUGGAAAUGUGGUUUCUGUAUGUGGAUGGAAAACAUUCCCAAUCGAACAGAAUUGAUCUUAGUUUUCCCACUUGACCUGAGGCUGCAGAUUUUUUUUUUUAAUUCAAUGGCAGUGAGACUGGAAUAAUCUAGAGAGAAAGCUGAUGGCAGAUGUUAGAAUUCAUUAGGGCAGUUGAGGAUAGAAGGGUCUGUUGAAAGGCUGUAAUUUAAUUGUAUGGUCAUGCUAGAAAGGUGGUUACGAUUGUAAUUAAAGUUUAUGAACUUUUUAAAUAUUUCAUAACUGGUUAUGUCCUACAAAAA